AUGAGCACUGCUCCUGAGGAAGAAAAACAGGCUCACUCUGUUGAUGCUCCUGCCGAGGUGGGGGAUCGCAGGCACACGCACCACGACAUCCCUGACCAUGGCCAGAAUCCCUCAAUGCAGCAGGGAGUCGAGGAGAAUCCGGAUUUGACUCUACACUACUCGCACGAGCACCAGCACCAGCACCUGCACCACGGUCAGCCCUCUCUUGUAGGUCGCCAUGAUGAAGUCCUGUACGCCCAAGGAACAACGUUUGACCGGUCAACCAUUAAAGACCCUGGCCCUCAAGACUACAUCAAACAUCAUCUACGGCCAGAGCAUGCGGACGAAAGGGAUUUUGUAGCCGUGGACGCAGAAAAGGGAGUCAUUGACUCAACUCGUAUAGAGUCCGAGGGGGAAGGAAACAGCCACAGCCUGUCGAGCUUGUAUUCCAAAUACAAGAUCUUUGUGCAUCUCUUUAUCUGGCUGCUAUUCACCGGUUGGUGGAUCGCUGGCUUGGUCCUGCAUCGCUAUGAUCUCGGGUGGCUGAUCCCUUUCCUCCUGUAUCUGGCCAUCACUUUACGACUCAUCUUUUUGUGGGUGCCCAUCACCAUUGUCACUGUACCUAUGCACUUUGUGUGGAACAACACUGGCGUGAGAGUCUAUCAGAUGAUCCCCGACAGAUUGCGGAUCCCCCUUGCUGCUCUCGUGGCGAUUGCGGUCAUCUUGGUUGGUUCCUUUGUCUCAGAAGAGUCUGCAGACAAUACCCGCGGUAACCGUGGCAUUUCUCUCCUCGGUCUGGCUGUGAUGAUUGCCCUCCUCUGGCUCACUUCCCGAGACCGCCGCAAGAUUCGGUGGCACACUGUGAUCGGGGGCAUGUUGACUCAGUUUGUCAUUGCAGUCUUCGUGCUUCGGACCAAGGCUGGCUACGACAUCUUCAACUUCAUCUCCGGUCUGGCUCGAGACUUGCUCGGCUUUGCCGACCAGGGCACCUCAUUUUUGACAGCUGACUCAGUGAUCGACCUCCACUGGUUCCUGACUGGAGUGGUCCCUCCCAUUGUUUUCUUCGUGGCGCUGGUCCAGGUCUUGUACUAUCUCGGGGUCCUCCAAUGGUUCAUUGGGAAGUUCGCCGUUUUCUUCUUCUGGAGCUUGCGAGUCUCUGGUGCAGAGGCCGUAGUGGCCGCAGCAUCUCCUUUCAUUGGCCAGGGUGAAUCUGCCAUGUUGAUCCGCCCCUUUGUGCCUCAUUUGACGCUGGCUGAAAUCCACCAAGUCAUGACUUCUGGAUUUGCUACCAUUGCGGGAUCCGUGCUGGUGUCAUAUAUCUCGCUCGGUCUCAAUCCUCAAGCUCUGGUGUCUUCUUGCAUCAUGUCUAUUCCAGCAUCGCUGGCCGUCUCCAAGAUGAGAUACCCGGAAACAGAGGAAACUAUCACUUCUGGCCGUGUGGUCAUCCCCGAUGACGACGAGCAUCGGGCAUCGAAUGCUCUCCAUGCUUUCGCCAAUGGUGCAUGGCUCGGGAUCAAGAUUGCCGGCAUGAUCGUGGCCACCUUGCUGUGCAUUAUCGCCCUGAUCGGGUUGAUCAACGGUCUUCUUGGAUGGUGGGGACGGUACGUCGUAGACGGCAAGCCGUAUCUCACUCUGCAGCUCAUUCUCGGCUACAUCUGCUAUCCCGUGGCCUUCCUACUGGGCGUGCCCAGAGACGACCUACUCCCAGUUGCACAGCUCAUUGGAAUCAAGGUCGUUGCCAACGAGUUCGUCGCCUACAACUCGCUCACCUCGGAGCCACAAUACAUCAACCUGAGCCCUCGAUCCAGGCUGAUUGCCACCUACGCUCUUUGCGGCUUCGGAAAUUUCGGGUCAUUGGGCACGCAGAUUGGUGUCUUGUCUCAAAUCGCUCCAUCACGAAGUGGCGACGUCUCGCGUGUCGCUCUCUCUGCCCUGUUUUCCGGCGUGCUCUCGACUCUGACCUCUGCGUCCAUUGCCGGCUUGCUGGUUACGGAUCAAGUGACACUUGAGCAACAGUCUUCAUAG